AUGGCUCAGUUUGACAUCGGUUCUCGCAGUGAGAAAGAAGAAAUGAUUAAACUGAUGAAUCCAGCGUCAAUAAAGCAUGAGGAGUGGAGUAAUGUCAGGUCCCGCCUAAACCGUCACGGCGAGCUCCGCUGGAGCGCAACCCUAUCCUUUUUGGCGGGAGAAUUGAGUGAGCCACUGGCACGUCCGGAUGGAUGGAUAUUCACCAGGCCAGGCAGACUUUACUGUUUGCAUGUGGAGCAGUGUGCUAGUUCCGUGUGUACGUGUGACAUGGGGAGAGCUGCCUGA